UUCUACAUGGAUGUGGGCCAUUUGGCAGUGUCUCGAGGUUUCUUCUGGAUCAAACCGCAGCUGCUGAUUCGUGAAUGGUGUUUGUCAGUGGAUAGAGCUACUGCUGCUGAUCCAUGUGAACUGAGUGGACAAUAUCCUGACAAAGAAGACUGAGAUCACCCCCAUAGAACUAUUUCUUUUUGUUUUUUUUUUUGGUUUUUUUUUUUUUUUUUUUUGGUUCUUUUUUUCGGAGCUGGGGACCGAACCCAGGGCCUUGCGCUUCUUAGGCAAGCGCUCUACCGCUGAGCUAAAUCCCCAACCCCAUAGAACUAUUUCUAAACGGGUCGCCAUCCCCUUUUUGUUCUAUUAAUUUAUCCUUUCUACUACCUCUGCUGGGUGGUGGGCUAGAAGGGAAAUUAAAGCAUUUAAGAACCCUUAUUAAAAUAGUUUGUGAAAAGCCUCAGCCUACAUCCAAGGGUUCCUGGUCAGGAUCACUGAGUUCCUCCAUGCCACAAUAAGCAGAGCCCCGCUGCAAAGAAGACUCAGAGCAGAGCUGCCCAGAAGAGACUUAAACCAACUGGGGCCCUUGGAAAGGACACUUUCAAAUCGGUUGAGCUGCCUGCAGGCUGUGAAGUGUGCUCCAGAGUCCCAGCUUUUGUGAUCUGUCACCAAGGCUGGGGUGAACUUUGGUGAUGCACCUGUCUUUGAGUCAUUUCUCCUCCUCUCCUGCGCAGACGGAAGCUCCGCCCCUAAAACUUGAGCUUGGAAGUGGAAGUGGGCGUUCCUCUGAGAACGACUGACUCCAGAGAGGUGGGCCGUGGACGUAGGGGCGUAUACUUCCGGGCCGAAGGCGUUUCGUUCCGGGGAGUAGACUUGGAGUGCGGAAGUGAAGGUCGCGCCUGUUGUCCUGUUGCUUAAGCAGGCAUGAAGAUCACCAGGCAGAAACACGCCAAGAAGCAUCUUGGCUUUUUCCGCAACAAUUUCGGAGUCCGCGAGCCCUACCAGAUCCUUCUAGAUGGCACAUUCUGCCAGGCGGCGCUGCGGGGUCGCAUCCAGCUGCGGGACCAGCUGCCCCGCUACCUUAUGGGAGAGACCCAGCUGUGCACCACGAGAUGUGUGUUAAAGGAGUUAGAAACACUGGGAAAGGAAUUAUAUGGAGCCAAACUGAUUGCACAGAAAUGCCAGGUUCGAAACUGUCCUCAUUUCAAGAGCGCAGUGAGUGGAUCUGAAUGUCUCCUGUCUAUGGUGGAUGACGGGAAUCCUCACCAUUAUUUCGUGGCCACACAGGAUCAGAACUUAUCUGUGAAAGUCAAGAAAAAUCCUGGAAUUCCUCUCAUGUUCAUUAUUCAGAACACCAUAGUGUUGGACAAGCCUUCUCCCAGAACCGUGGCCUUUGUGAAGGCGGUGGAGGCAGGCCAGCUGGUCUCUGUGCACGAGAAACAAAGCAUCAAGGAACUCAAGGAGGAGCAAGGCUUGGUGCGGAACCCUGAACUGAGGAAGAGGAGAAAAAAAAAGAAGGUGGGCGGCCCCAAUCCUCUCAGCUGCCUGAAGAAAAAGAAGAAAGCACAGGAUACAAAGUCCCCUGCUUCGGAAAAGAAAAGGAAAAGGAAACGGAUUCGGAUUCGAAACAAAUCCACUCCUAAAGUGUCUGCGCAGCAGGGUGCGGAAGGAUGAUGGGUGCUGUGGCUACUCAGAUGUCAGAGUGAAAGCGAAUUUCCUUCUCAAACUGUGAAAAUGUUUAUACCAGAGGACUAACUUAUUUUUGUAAACUAAUACUGGCACAUACACUUUUGCCUAAAAUUAAAGAAUGGUUGGGUUUGUCA